AGAGACCAUGUACAGCGAGGAAGUCGGUUUCAUGUGAAAGGAUAUUUAGUUAAAGAACUACUCAAAGAUAAUUGUGUCCUUAGUCACAAUAAAACUUCACUUCAUCUGCAUGACCCCGCGAGACUACCGUCUCUAUUGUCAUCGCCCUUCUGCAUCAUUAUCGCGAGGUUUGAUCAGCUGUUAGGUCUGUUUUUAGAGUUUAGUGCUUGGAUGGUCAACACGUGGGGAGGAUAGAGAAAGAGACAGUGUAGGGGGGGCACACGUUGGGAUUUAGUCGGGCCCGGAAUACGUACGUUUAUAUCACUACUUUAAUUCACCGUGGCGGCGCGGAGGACGCUUGUAUACUGUGUAGUUGCUAGGGUCCUGAGGAGAUGCCACUGAGGUUCCGGUCUAUUGUCCCGUACACGCUGCCUGGAGUGCUGGCGCUUAUAGGCUGGUGGUGGUACAUCUCACGCAAGAAAGAGCGAAUCACCAACCACGACAGCGAAGAGGGGGCAGCGGCCAUGGGCCUGCUGAUGUCCCCGGCUCUCAGUGAGGGCAGCAACGGCCUGGUAGAGAAAGGGACAGUGUCCCCCUGCAGGGCAGCCAUUACCCCAACAACCAGCAGCAGAGUGAGACCAUCCAAGGCCAACGAGCAACGGUCAACAGAACAGGACGUCAUAGCACAGAUUCACAUCCCGGCCAUUAAGGCCGAGGCAGUAGAGGUACAGAGUACAUCCUGUUCACCUACAGCGAGGGCCUCCCACCAUCCAGACAGAGCCAGCGCAGUCACAGACCCUGGUGUAGAUAGCUGCCGACAGACACCCAGGAGCAGUUCUCCCGCAGCCUCGCCUUUACCAACACAGACUAGGGAGGGGAGCUCGGGCCCCCCGGGAGAACACUGGGCCACUGUGCAGAGCUCGCCAGCCACCAUUGCCUUGGUUACAGUGCCGGUGAAAUCAACGGUUACUGAGCAGGUCCCUGCGCCAGUGAAAGAGGCCAUCUCCACAGCAUCAGAAGCACUUGUACUCUCCCAGACGGCCCACGCCACGACUAGUUCCUCCAUAGCAGCAGACCUGACGAAUGCAGAGAGGCCCGAUCCAGAGGGAGAGGUGGCAGCAGCCCAUGAGGCAGCAGUGGCCUUCACACAGAACCUGCUGGUGGAGCUAGUGGCUAAUGAUUCGCUCCCGGUCCCCUCCAGCAGUACCAAAGAUGAGCUGCCCUCCUCGCCUGUCAUCUCAGCUGAGAUGCCGGCCCGGGCCCUGAAAGUAGUCAUACAUGAACCCCUCUUCCCAGAGACCCCCAUAUCAUCGCAGGGCUCCUACCAUGCCGUCAUCACCAGUACUCUGGCCUUCCCAGCCCAAGGCCCCCAGCAAGAGAAUGGGGCACCUGGCAGCACUGAGGAGCUGGAGUACCUGGCAGCAGGUCUGAUCACUGAGGUCAUCUCUGCAGCCACCCAGGAGGUCCUCAGUGUUACCUCCUGUCCAGAGACCUGGCUUGGCCAAUCCGCCACCGAGCACAGCUUCAGAAGCACCCCACUGGCCAAUGGGAGGCCAUGCUCUGAGCAAGAGCCACUCACAAGGAACAUGGAGGAAGGGCCCUCCCCAAUAAGCCACUCUGAGACAGAGUGGAGAGAGCAGCAGAAAGAAGGGAUCCCCAAUGGUUGCCCGCCUACCCCGGCAUGGGAGCACAUGGGGACAGCAAAUGCACUGAGUAACCCCUGGGCAACAGCAUCCUCACAGGAGGGGAAGCAAGAAGUGGGGGGCGUGCCUAGCAACCUGGACAAACUGAAGGGAGAUGGGGGGGUGAUGGUGGCAGAGGACUCAGCCUGUAGUAUGUGCCACUCUGAGGAUGGGGUCAGCAGUGAGGACCAGCAGAGCAGGGAGAACCAGGAGGAUCUGAUCCAGGUGUCAGGGAUGUCUGAGGGGGAGGGUGGUCUGCCCCAAGCCCCAGAAGAGGUAGUGACCGAGGCAGAGGUCAUGGCAGCCCUACCAGGCCAUGUGCUGGGUGCUGUUGGCCAAGUGAAGAGGCUCAACGGCAUGGGCCUGAGGAACGGUUCUCAUGGGAUGAGUGAGACUGAGACCGAUCAGUCUGGAGGCUCGGAUGUGAACAGCAUGGACUCGGUCGACAGCGGCUGCACCAUGGGAGCUAGGGACAGUGGCAGCCCUGCCAUGGCUCUGGGCUCUGAACUCAUCGUUUGGGAGAUUGAGGUGCCAAAGCAUCUGGUGGGUCGGUUAAUUGGGAAACAGGGGCGAUACGUGAGCUUCCUGAAGCAAAGCUCUGGUGCGAAGAUCUACAUCUCCACCCUCCCUUACACUCAAGAGUUCCAGAUCUGCCACAUAGAGGGUUCCCAGCAGCAGGUGGACAAAGCCUUGUCCCUGAUCGGGAAGAAGUUUAAGGAUUUGGACCUGACCAACCUCUAUGCCCCCCCACCUCUGCCGCUCACGCUGCCCUCGCUGCCCAUGACCACCUGGCUUCUUCUCCCCAGCGGUGUGACCGUAGAGGUGAUCGUAGUGAACAUUGUGUCGGCGGGUCACCUCUUCGUCCAGCAGCACACACACCCUACGUACCACGCCCUACGCAGCCUGGACCAGCAGAUGUUCCUGUGUUACUCCCAGCCAGAGACACCCACCCUGCCCUCGCCUGCUGAGGUGGGGGUGAUCUGUGCGGCGCCGGCGGUAGAGGGAGCCUGGUGGAGAGCCCAGGUCAUCUCCUUCUACAAAGACACCAACGAGGUUGAGAUCCGAUAUGUGGACUAUGGCGGCUAUGACAGAGUGAAGAUUGACACACUACGACAAAUAAGGUCGGACUUCGUAACAUUACCGUUCCAAGGUGCAGAAGUAUUACUGGACAACAUUGCCCCCCUUCCAGGAGAGAAGAGCUUUUCAACAGAGGCCACCUCUGCACUGGAGGAGAUGACGAGAGGGGUAGCACUGCUUGCACAGGUCACAAACUACGACAACAACACUGGUCUCCCAUUGGUCCAGAUGUGGAAUAUGGUUGGAGAAGAGCUGCUAUCAGUGAACCGCACACUGGCAGAGCGAGCAUUGGGUACCUGGGUUGACAGCUUUUGAACCUUGCCGCCUGACCCCCCCCCGCCCAUCACCCCUCAACCCCUUCUCAGCUCCACCACACCCCUCCUAGACCCCUUCUUCUCACCUAAUCUCUGGAGUCUGGCCCUACCAGCCCUCCAGAUACACCCCAUAACACUUCGAUGGAGGAACACAACCACUGGAUUUGGGAAUACUUUUUGUUUGUUUUUGAUUGUUGGGUUUUUACACCACGUUUCAAAAAUAAAUUCAAAAUGGUUGAAUGCUGAAAAGACAACGAAGUAUUUCGUUAGAAUAAGCCAACUCCUCUACUCCCCCACACACCAAAAGAACUUGAAGAAGGAAAAUAAAGUACUUGUACAUUUUAAAAAGAAAUCUAUAUUGUAACUAAAUAAAGGUCGAUCUGAUUUU